AUGUGGAUACCAAGGCCAGGUCGUAAAAAGGAUGGAGUUUCUCUGAGGAUGCUUGCCCCGAGAGCCCAGCCUCCAUUUGUGAAAAGGUCAGGCCUCAUGCAGAGGCCGUGUGCUGAUAUUCUGGCUGACAGCUUCUGCCAAGCUACUGGUGGAGACCAACAUCAAGCACCAGAUAUAGAACUCACACAUCAGAAACCAUAUGAAUGUAAAGAAUGUAAGAAAACUUUAUACUGUAAGUCAGCCCUCUCUGUACAUCAGAGGAUUCACACAGGAGAGAAACCUUAUGAAUAUAAAGAAUGUGGGAAUAAACCAUAUAAAUGUAAAGAAUGUAGGAAAUCACUCUACAGUAAGUCACACCUCACUGAGCAUCACAGAACUCACACAGGGGAAAACCCCGAUGAAUGUAAUGAGUGUGGAAAAGCCUUUCAUAAGAAUUCAUACCUCCAGAUGCAGCAGAAAACUCACACAGGAAAAAUGCUAUGA